AUGUCUGAAUAAAUGCUUUUAAGGGCAGCCUUUGUUGACUUUUUAAAACAAAUGCUUCCUUUAAUUAUUGAUCCUUUACUUAUUGUACACAGCCAUUUCAAAAAUUUUACUAAUAUACUUGAAGAUUAGACAAAAACACCUCAACAUAUUUUAGAAUUUAUUGAAAAACUUAAAUUCUAACCUAAAACCGAAAAAAAAGCUACUCCACAACCAAUUAUUACAGAACCAGCAUCUAAUCCCCAAGACCCAAAAGCACUCACAAUCCCAUUAAACUAAGUUUCCGGGUCUAUCUAAAAUAAAGGAUGUAAGAGUUUUUAAAAAAUAAAAAAGAUCACAGAAGGUAUUUGAGCAAUUAAACUGAUGUACUUUCACGAAUAAAAAAAGAUAAUUUGCAAGACAAACCAUCAAUUUAAGAAGAAAUUUAGCCAAAAUAAGUUGCUUAUGAAAAGAUUUAAGUUUAAUGUAUAUUUUUUUGUUAUUAUUGUAGAGCCUGCAAAAUUCACUUGUCAAUUCUAAAAGUUUCUCUAAAUAUAAGAUAAUAAUGGAUUCUCUAUUGUUUCUAAGGAAUGUAUUUUAGAUGACUUAGAAUUGGCGAUGAAAGAGUUUCGAAGAAAUACAAAGACUUUAUUUUGUAUGGCAGAAAGGAGCUCUGAAGUCAAUACUAGUGAAUCUACUGAAGUGGAUAAGAGUCUUAAAAAUAAGGAUUAUAAUUUUGGUAAAUACGUAGAGGCAGUAGUAGAACAACAGGAAAAUAAAACCGCUGAAAAUAGUCUUAGAAGAGGGAAUAAUUUUAAUAUUCUUUAAAAAUACAAGACAAUAAUUAGAAAUUAUUGA